AUGGCUGCUCAGGUCCAAUUCGGCACCCAGGCCAAGACGAACCCGGCGCCCAACCCGGCCGCCGUCCUCAAGGACGUCAACAUCCUGGGCCCGCUCAACGACCAGACCCGUAAGAUCCUGAACAAGGAUGCCAUUGUCUUCCUCGCCGUCCUGCACCGCGCCUUCAAUGCCCGCCGCAAGCAGCUGCUCGAGCGCCGCCAGAUCCGCCAGGCCGAGCUUGACAAGGGCAACCUGCCCGACUUCCUGCCCGAGACCAGGCACAUCCGUGAGAAUGACGCAUGGAAGGGCGCUCCCCCGGCCCCGGGCCUGGUCGACAGGCGCGUCGAGAUCACUGGCCCGACCGACCGCAAGAUGGUCGUGAACGCCCUGAACUCGGACGUGUGGACGUACAUGGCCGACUUCGAGGACUCGAGCGCCCCUACCUGGGACAACAUGGUCAACGGCCAGUUGAACCUGUACGACGCCAUCCGCCGCCAGGUCGACUUCAAGCAGGGCGAGAAGGAAUACAAGCUGCGCACCGACCGGGCACUACCCACACUGAUUGCCCGCGCUCGUGGCUGGCACUUGGAGGAGAAGCACUUCACCGUCGAUGGCGAGCCCAUCUCCGGCGGUCUGUUCGACUUCGGUCUGUACUUCUUCAACAAUGCCUGGGAGCUCGUCAAGCGCGGCGCCGGCCCUUACUUCUACCUGCCCAAGAUGGAGAGCCACCUCGAGGCCCGUCUCUGGAACGACGUCUUCAACCUCGCUCAGGACUACAUUGGCAUGCCGCGGGGGACCAUCAGAGGCACCGUCCUGAUUGAGACCAUCAUGGCCGCCUUUGAGAUGGACGAGAUCAUCUACGAGCUCCGCGACCACAGCUCCGGCCUUAACUGCGGCCGUUGGGAUUACAUCUUCAGCGUCAUCAAGCGCUUCCGCCAGAACUCCAACUUCGUGCUGCCCGACCGGUCCGCCGUGACAAUGACGUCGCCCUUCAUGGACGCAUACGUCAAGCUGCUCAUCAAGACCUGCCACAGGAGAGGCGUCCACGCCAUGGGUGGCAUGGCUGCACAGAUCCCCAUCAAGAACGACCCCAAGGCCAACGAGGUUGCCAUGGCAUCCGUCCGCGCCGACAAGCUCCGCGAGGUGCGGGCCGGCCACGACGGCACCUGGGUGGCGCACCCUGCCCUCGCCUCGAUUGCGUCGGAGAUCUUCAACGAGCACAUGCCGACGCCCAACCAGAUGCACAUCCGGCGCGAGGACGUCAGCAUCGGUCGCAACGACCUGCUGAACAUGAACGUGCCCGGCUCCAUCACCGAGGAGGGCAUCCGCAAGAACCUCAACAUUGGCCUCGGCUACAUGGAGGGCUGGCUGCGCGGUGUCGGCUGCGUGCCCAUCAACUACCUGAUGGAGGACGCGGCGACGGCCGAGGUGUCACGCUCGCAGCUGUGGCAGUGGGUGCGCCAUGGCGUGUCGACCAAGGAGGGCAAGAAGCUCGACAAGGACUACUCGCUACGCCUGCUGCAAGAACAGGCCAAGGAGCUGGAGAGCAAGGCGCCCAAGGGCAACAAGUACCAGCUCGCUGCCAAGUACUUCGCCACGCAGGUGACGGGCGAGGACUACGCAGAGUUCCUGACCAGCUUGUUGUAUAACGAGAUCACGUCGGCUGGCUCGGCGACGCCUGCUUCGAAGCUGUAA